UGGAUCAACCCAACUACCCUGAAACGUGAGGUCGGGGCCUUGGCUUGUAAGCGUCUGAAGGGGCGCCAUACAUACGAUGUCCUUUCAAAAGCACUGCAUGAUGUACAUGUGCAGUACAGGAUCCACAACAAAGUUAUGUGCACUACUACAGACAAUGGCUCCAACUUUGUGAAAGCGUUCAGAGUUUUCAUGGCCAAAGAACCAGUGGAAGCUGCAGGCACCAGUGACGAUGAUGGUGAUAACCAGGAGGAGGAGGAGGCUGAGGUGGAGUUUGUGCCUAUCUGUGAGAUCCUGAACACAGGACCUGAGGCAGACGAAGAAGCUGCAGACUCAGGAGAGGAUUUUGUUUUACCACCACACCAGAGAUGUGCUAGCCACACCCUCAACCUUGUGGCAACACAAGACAUAGAGGCCAUGCUUUCUGACUCCUUCAAAAGUAGUCUUCUUGGUCCUUUCAAGAAACAGUUUCGUUCCUUGAUGGGAAAGUGCAGCAAGUUGUGGUCCAAGCAGAACCAGUCAGCCCAGAUUGCUGAGUAUAUCCGUGCGCAAUGUGGUGUGUAUCUGAAGGUACCGAAUAAGACCAGGUGGAAUUCCACCUUUGAUGCGUUGAAGCAACUACAUGAGCUCCUGUCAACUGUGCCACUAAAAAUGCAUGCCAUAAUGGACCGCUGCUCCUUGUCCAGGAUCACAGCUGCUGAGAUUGAAGUGGUACAGGAAUACACAGAGAUUAUGGAGCCACUGGCCCAGUCCCUAGAUAUCCUGCAACGGGAGAACGGCAUGUUCAUGGGGUAUUUGCUACCAACGCUCUGCAAUCUGGACCGCAAGUUAGAAGGACUGGAAAACAAACCUGAGAGGUACACAUAUUGUUUUCAGCUGCUGAGAGGUGUGCGCAAAGCCCUAAGAAAGCGGUUUGCAGCUAUCUGGGAGGACAAGAGGCUUCUUCUGGCAGCCUGCCUACACCCUCGCUUCAAACUAGAUCGGCUGGAAUCGUGUCAGGCCGCCACCCAUACCAACAAAUACACAAUGGAAGCCUUGUUGAAAGCUGAAAUAAAGAUGGGUGUACUUAAUGAGGACAGUGAUCAGUCUUCAGAUAAAGACCAGGAAGGAGAUGACUUAGAAGAUGACUUCUUUAACUUUCUGCCCCAGGGCAAGAAGUCAGCAGUGGAAACUGCUGAGGAGGAACUGGUGAGGUACCUGAGGUCUCCCAGCAGGGAAGUGUCAUCACUCCAUGGCUUUCCACGUGUGCUGUGGUGUUUUUUGCAGCACAACACAGGCAUGCCUUCAAGCGCCGCAGUAGAACGCCUGUUCAGUACUAGUGGCAACGUAAUGACUGUAAAAAGACAUUCCUUGUCUGACAUGCUCUUUGAGCAUCUUGUUCUUUUGAGACAUAACAGAAACAUAUUAUAAAAGCAUUUCAAGUGUAAAAUUUGAUUUCAAGAGUUGGGGUAUCUUCAUUGCUUGGGGGGAUGUGAGAUUCUGUUAUGCCAUUAUGUUAAUCUUAUGGAUAUUUUUUUUUAUUCUACUACCCCCUGUGUGUGUGUGUGUUUAUUUUUAAUAUUGUUUUAGGCUUCUUA